CAAGAUUGCCCAAAGUGUUUACAGAAGCCAAUGAUUGUUCUUGACUGUUUUCCUGAUUAAGUCAUUUUCAAUCAUUAUGGAGCGCGUCAACUUGCCAGGCAGUGACAUUAGUGUAUCACAAAUAUGUGUAGGAGCAUGGCAGAUGAAUGAUGGCCAAAUGGAUGGGUCAAAAACAUGGGAAGGCCAACCUUUUGAGGUAUCCAAGGAAAUCGUCGACAAAGCGUUUCAAUGUGGCAUUAACUUCUUUGAUACAGCUGAGGCAUAUUUGAACUCGGAGAAUGUCUUAGGUCGAAUCAUGGCAGGGAGGCGGAAAGAUGCCGUUAUUGCCACAAAGUUUGGUUACAGAGGUGGGAAGAAGACGUACUACACUGCUCGGGAUGUGGAAGAGUCGCUUAGCAACAGCCUUAGGAACCUUCAGACAGAUUAUAUAGACCUUUACCAGGUUCAUUGGCCAAACAUCAUCCCUGCGUCUGAAUUGGAAGGGGUCGUAGCUGAACUGAAGCGUCAACAAGCCAAGGGUACCAUUCGUGGUUACAGCGUUUGUAACUUUGGUGUCAAGAGCCUUCAAGCCAUGCUAGAUGCCGGUGGAAAACCGUUGACCAAUCAGGUUGGUUAUAACUUGCUGUGGAGGGGGGUUGAAUAUGAAAUCAUACCCAAGUGUGCUGAGAACAACAUCAGCAUCUUACCAUACUCACCGCUGCAACAAGGGCUUCUGUCAGGCAGAUUCAAGACUGCUGAUGAUGUACCGGAGGGCAGGAGGAGAACUAAACAUUUCAAAGGGACGAGCACAUCAUUGAGCAGGCAUGGUGGAGACGGUGCUGAAAAAGAAACAUUCCAGGCUAUUGAAAGAUUGAGAGAGAUAUGUCGUGAUACUGGUAUAGAGGAUAUGACGACAAUGGCUUUGUCCUGGUUGUGCCAGCAAGACCGAGUCUCCUCUGUAAUCACUGGUGCUAGGACCCCGCAACAGGUUGAGGCAAAUUCUAAGAUCGUCAAGUUGUCACAGGACAUUGUGAAGCAGCUUGAUGCUGGCACCGAUGAGUUGAAAGCUAUAUUUGGAGGAGAUGCCGAUUUGUGGGCACCACCUACAAAUCAGAGGAUUGUCUAAAUGAAUGGUGGAGCUUCUUCACUUGGACAUUGUCAGCUUGUUGGCGAGCCUUGAUUAUUCAUAGGGACUUAUUUGGUCCCCUCCAUAUGUCUAGGGUAGAUUGAAUAUUGAAUUAAUGACAAAAAUAAUUUCUUCAAUAAAACUUACAGAAUGGUGCUAUUCAUUAUCAUUUCCAAACUGGUCUGUAUGUAUUGAUAAAAAAAUCAUGAAAACAACGAAAAUAAAAAAUUUGAUUCAUACGAUGAA